AACGGAACGCCAGUCGAAGCGAUAGACACGGUGCCGACGGACACGCCGCGUUACCUGUCCCGAACGCUCAAAUAUUCCAUCAAAACUAAUUUCCAACUCGGAAAUUAAAUGUGAUUAGUACACAAGUGUUAAUAAGAGACGUGAAAACGCUAGCGCUUCGGAAUCGAGACGGUUUAUAGGCGCACCGGGAAACGUUCGCCGACAUCCUAGCAGACCAGAAACGCAAGUCACCGGGUAGCCUCGGCAGAAAUUCGUUUACCAACGUGAUGUUAGUUAAUUCUAGAUUUUCACCUGCAGCGGAAACGGCUUACGUAGACGAGUAGCGGUAAAACGCCGUCCGCGCCACACGCGACCCGUUCCAUGUUGAGUAACCGUCAGGUUUCUAAAAAGUGCUUUCGACGUGUAUAAGAACACAAACAAGCAUCGCGAGUUUUCGGACGACAGAGUAUUGGCAGCGUUUGCUUUAAGAAUAGAACGCUCGAAAGGUUUUGAUACUGUCCCUUUAGAAAGUAGGACUUGUGUUCAUCUCUACGCGACUGGAUUGUGGAUAGUUUGUAACUUGUUAUUUUUGACAUAGUAAAUGAACAGUGAGUAAAGAUUGUUAGCAACGACUGUCGGAGGGUGUUGUGAUAAAUUGCGCGUGUGCAGUGCAUGGCGCGAUGAUUAGCGGGGGCUGGGUGUGCGCACUGCAUGUGCGUACCGCUGGACUCGGUGGUGCUGCCCUCGGUUCUGAUGAGGAGGAGGUUGUCUACCUAGCUUAUAUCGUCAUAGAUGUUCACACUAAUCAGAUAAUAGGAGAAAGAGAAUAUGCCGUAAGGCCUACAAGAAGGCCAUCUGAAGAGCUACAGACUGGACAACCUUUAGACGUAGUUAUACAACAGUUCGAUGAGUUCGUGCGAUCUCUCCAAGUGGACCCACAGUCCCCGCUGUUCAGACUAGUCACAGAUGGACAGCCACCACUCAGACAAUGCCUCCACCCGGAAGCGUGCAGUAAAGACAUCAAUUUGCCGUUAUACUAUGCGCGUUUCCACGACCUGCGCAAGGAGUAUGUGCGCGCGUACACGCUGCGCGCGGUCAAGCCGCCGCGUGCGCAGGCGCCACCGCCGCCCCCACCACCGGAUCACCCUGGCUCUUUAUCGGACAUGUUGAAUUACCUAGGUUUAACACCAUACAGCGGUGAGAAUUUCUACGCGGCCGAAGUAAAGGACAUGGCCAGUAUCAUACAAAAGAUAAACACAGAUGGCUUCCGGUUAGAGUUGCCAGAAACAGUGGACUUAGUUUUAGAAACUGGUAUUUGCUCAAAAGACGAUGAGAUUGAUGGUAAUUGCAUAGUGCGCGCACGCGGCCUCCCCUGGCAGUCUUCUGAUCAGGACAUUGCCAAAUUCUUCAGAGGUCUCAAUGUCGCUAAGGGUGGAGUAGCUCUAUGCCUCUCGCCUCAAGGUAGACGCAACGGCGAGGCAUUAGUUCGGUUCAUAUCCCAAGAGCACAGGGACAUGGCUCUCAAACGACACAAGCACCACAUCGGACCCAGGUACAUUGAGGUGUACCGGGCCAGUGGUGAGGAUUUCUUAUCUGUGGCGGGUGGCGCCACCUGCGAGGCAGCAGCUUUCUUAACGCGGGGUGCGCAGGUCAUAGUACGCAUGCGUGGCCUGCCGUAUGAUGCUACACCACAACAAGUUCUGGAAUUCUUCUCAACUGGCGACGACCCAGUUCAAGUGCUGGACGGCGCGGACGGGGUUCUUUUUGUGCGGAGGUCGGAUGGCCGAGCGACGGGGGACGCCUUUGUGCUGUUCGCAAAGGAAGAUGACGCACCAAAAGCCCUCUCCAGGCACCGGAAACUUAUCGGCUCCAGAUAUAUAGAGCUGUUUCGAUCUACCACAGCAGAAGUUCAGCAGGUCCUGAACAGAUCACUAGAGACUCGAUCCAGUACGGCGAGCACGCCAACAGCGGCACCAGCUCCCUCGGAAGGCCUACUACCCGUGUUGGUGCCGCAACACGUGAUCACAUCCGGCACAGCCAAGGACUGUGUCCGCUUACGGGGCUUACCAUACGAAGCGCAGGUCGAGCACAUACUGACAUUCUUGGAUGAAUUUGCCAAAAACAUAGUGGUCCAAGGUGUACAUAUGGUUUACAAUGCUCAAGGUCACCCUAGCGGCGAAGCGUUCAUACAAAUGGACAGCGAAGCGAGCGCGUUCUUGUGCGCGCAGCAAAAGCAUCAUCGGUACAUGACAUUUGGGAAAAAGCAACGGUACAUCGAAGUGUUCCAGUGCUCCGGCGACGACAUGAACCUGGUGCUGACCGGCGGCGUGACGCCGGCCACCUCGCCGAAAGUGCUCUCACCCGGUCCUCUGACAUAUUAUUACCCGCCAAUGGGGCCGGCGCUCCCGCCACCGCCGCUUGUGUACUGGGGGUACCCGACGCCGCCCGUGUCCCCAGCGCAUUAUUAUCACCAGCCCCAUCAUCCCCAGACCAUGAUACCGGAGGUGGUGUCAGUAGGUGGUGGCUCGCCCCUGCCUAUUCCUCCCCCGACCGCUUGCCCCGAAUGGCCGAUUUUCAUAGUAAACUAAUACUAUUUAAGUACAUUAAAUAAAAAAGUACAUGUCAAAGUUGGCGGGUAAAUUUAAAAAAGGAACCGUUAAAGCGAAUCACUUCAAAACAGAUGUUAUCGUUUUUUUUUUUUUAUAUUUAAAACUAAUGACUGAUUGAAGUUAUUUUAACCUACUGUUGUAAUAUAAAAUACUACAAUAUGAACAAUGGUUAAAGCAAUAAAACUAAAUAAAUUAUAGAAAACAGAAAGUAAAAGAAGAUACCGCGAGGUACGCUGAUAUUAGUACUGAAUUAACGAAAUAUUGAAAUGUAUGAAAUAUAAAAUAAUUAUGAGAAUUCAAAAAAAAUCAUUUAUUCUUGAUACUUAGUAUCCUACUUUAUAUUUUUCUCUUUGUUCCUGAUACUAUUUUUAUUAGAUUAUCUACCUAGUUAUGUACCUCCUUAUUCAUGAAAACGUUAAAGCUCUCAUAAACCUUAUUUAACUAUUGUACGGUUUUUUCUCUUUCUUUUUUGUUAAACUCCUAAUUUGAUAGAAAGUGACAAAACAGUGUAAUAGUUUAAAUAGGUUUGUAGGUUUUAGUUUUUAUAAAUAAGGGAGCGAAUCUUCAUCUUGCCUUUUUAUUUUAUUAUAAAUAUAUCAAUAUCGGUACAUUUUUUAAUUAAAUUAUAUCCGCCAAUUAAAUUUCACAAAAACAAUUGUAAAGGAAAAAAAAUAUGAAUAUUUAAGAAAACCAUUCUAAAAAAAAAAAGAUAUAAAUGGCUCAAAAAGAUAGUGAUAUUAUAAGAUAUAAUAACAUUGUAUCUGAAUAGAUUUUAUUAUUAAAUUAUAUAAUAUUUAUUAAAUAGAUUUUAUAAACAAAUAUUAUUCGGCUUCUAUACAAGAAGCACUUUCGCAACUAAACAACGAAAUACAAAUUGUAUAUAAUGUAUUCUAGUUUGAUAUUGUUUAUUUAUUAUGAAUUGUAUUGAGAAAAAAUGUUUAUUAUUAUAAACGUUAGGCCCGAUAAUAUAUUUUAUAUUAUUUAAAUGCUUAUUAAUUGAGAUAUUUUCUAAAUAUAAUCUUUAUCACGAAUUAUGUUUAGGUAUUAUAUAUAUAUAAUUAUUAAAUUAGCAACAUCGUCAUAAUUUAAUAUAUUUUUUUCCAAAAACUAAAUAAUUUUAAACACACUCGACUAAAUGGAACCAAUACAGGACUUAUAUAUUGUAUACUGCGGAGUUAUAUUUGACGCAACCGAGUUGGAAUCGUAUCGAAAUUGUCGAAUAGAUGUCAAUUAUAAACAUCUAUUUGACAUCCUUUCGACAUGAUUUUAUUCUGUUCUCUAAUCAAUUGCAUCAAAAGUCAUUCCGCAGAAAUCAAGUGAAGAAAUGCAAUCACAAUAAAUAUAAGAACACAUAACAACAAAAGUAGGGUUUGCAUAAACAUCCAUUUCAAUUUUUAUACAUAAAUUUUUUUAAUUAAUAUUUAUUAAACUUUUAGAGUUACAAAAUUUAUAUAGGGACAUAUCUAUGAUCGUGAGUCGUGUUCUUUAUUUUGAUUGCAUUACAAGUCACUGUGAAAAGGUUCUGUCAUGAUAACAUAUUGCCGAUUAUAUCCACUAUCUCAGAGUUCAAACCGAAUGUAUGUAAACACAGUGAUAUAUAGGUGCUGUUUGUUAAUUAUUUUUGUAGAAAUUGAACCAAAAAUGAUAAUUAUGUUAACGAGUUAUAUGUUGUCACUUAUUGCCUAAUUAAUACAUAAGGGAACGCUCAAUUAGUUGUUAAAUAUAUAAGUUGUUUUAACAAUAUAUGCCAUAAUGUGAACGCACGAGUGCAACGUAACUGAAUGGUAAUGAAAAUAACUUGUAUUUGCUCAUUAUUAUAAUAAACAAGGAGCUGACUGUAAAAUAAGGCCAAAUGAUAUGUAAAGGUCAGUAGAGAAUUUGUUGAUAGGAAUAAGUAAGAAAGUUUAUAAACAUAGGUUCGUUUGUGUUUGGUUUAGAAAAUGCUACGGCCCAACAUAGAAUUAAGUGAAUAUUAAAAUAAUGUUUUGAUAUUAUUUUUAAUGCGCCAUCGCAUUUAUAUAAUUUUAAUGUAAUAGAGAAAAGUCGAGAACGUGAAAAAAGAUGGUAUAGUGAAUUAAUUUUGUGUUAAUAAUAGAGACUAUAACUUAAUAAAAAUAAAAAAAGUAGUUGCAGUGAAUUAUUGAAAUAUCAACUUAACGCUGUAUCACGUAACAAGGUUGGCAUUUCAAUGACAAGAACGUAAACUACUUUUUUCAUAAAUUACUCUAAAACCAUCUUACCGUACCUGAAUUUUUAUCAAUGAGUACUGGGCCUGUUUAUUACUACGAUGUUCAUACAAUACGUAGAAAUCGGUAAAUUAGAGCUCACUGCACAAAUGCAGGCAUUUUAAUGUUUUAUGACACCUGCCAAAUGGAAGUGAAUAUAGUAAAAUAAAAAAAAAUCACCUAUAAAUAAGCCUUCUAUUUCAAAUGUGACGGUAGGAAAUGAGUGGACGAUUAAAAACAACGUGAUCUGAAAUCACUAGUCUCUACAUAAACGCCUAAUGUAUUCCUUGAAAGUUUACCGACUUGGGUGUUAGAACACCAACCAUGGCGAGCAUCGAUAAUAAUCAUGUACGGGUUCUGAGUGCCUAGUGUGAAUUGUAAAGAUUACGGACUUAUUCGCUUUAUUCUGUUUAGUUACAAACUUGUUCACAUUUACUCGAUAAAUUUGUACAUUGUGCCAUGUUUAUGGUUUUUAUUGAAAACUAGCGCCUCUAGCGGAUAGUUCCAGAAACUCAGAUAUCCAUACAAAUUUAUCGAGUAAACAUAAAUGCAAUCGUAAUCACACUGAGCACUCAGUUCGUUCAAUUUUUGGCGCGCAAUUUUUUCCUAAAAACAUGCCCUAUAGCUUCUACAGGUAUAAAAAUAUACUUAGUGUUAAUUAAUUAUCUAUCGGCCGUUUUUUCCUACUUAAAUUUUGUUUUACGUUAUUAUUUUUUAUAGUUAAGUUAUUAUUUGUAAAUUUUAUUAUUGACAUAAUAUAUAAGAUAUUAUAACGAAACAACAAAAUCAAAAUGUCUUCCAUGAAUUGUAAUAUAAACAUAGAUAAAUAAAUAAAAUUAUAUAAAAUAAGUUUAUCGUCACAAUUAAUUGUGAAUGAACUUACAAGAUAGUAUAUUUUAAUAUAGUGACAUAUUUUAAGUUAUAUUAUACAUAUAAAAUACUAUUAAAAUACGAGUUAAUUUAUUUACGCUUUUAGGCCGACAUGUAACUGUUUGUAUUCUACACUUUUGUAGUAAAGUAUGGUCAGCAUCAAAAUCAAUUUAUACCUCUGUAAUUCCAGAACUAGUAUAUACCAUACACACAAUAUUCAGCAAUUCAAAUAGUCAGUUAAUUUUUAAAGCGAUUUUUUGUAAUAUCUUUGCCAAUUCUAAACUAAUUACGAUGAUUGUCAUUGUAAGGAAAAUUUGGUGAAGUUAAUUUUUAAAAUAAAAUCUUUAUCGACGUACCUAACACAUGAUUGGAUGAGGAUUUAUUGUUUAUGGCAUUUAAAGAUUUUUCACAAUCUGGAUAUAGUGGUCAAAUUUUGGUGUUGACAAUACCUACUAACUUAUAUUGUUUCGUACAGUUUUCAGUACCGUGAAACAGAAACUGUAUGGACUACCUUAUGUUAGCAUUGCAUGACGGUCAAAGGCAAAAAAAAAAAUAGGUCAAUAUAAAUAAAUACUUCAAUCCUAAAAUUAUUAUAGAUACUUAUAAGUUUUAAACCAUGACAAUGUCUUUAUUUGAAACUCAAAUUUGACGCAAUUCGGUGAUAUAUACCUCGGAAGUGUCGCCCUAGGCGUAUUAGUAUUAAUGCUACAAAAAAAGAAUUUAAAAAUACGCAUAUUUAAUUCCUUAUUUUCUUGCUAUUUAUGUACCUAAUUAUAAAAGAUCAUAUUAAUGUUAGGUUGUAAAACUUAAUUUCGUCAAGAAACAAUUCUCAGUUUCUAUAUUAUUGAAAGUAACAUAUCGUAAGAGCAAGAAUCCCAAAUAAAAAAGUUUGGCGCCAAUUUUUAAUCUUGCCGCAUGUCCCAUAACCGGAUAUGUGAAUUGAAUAUUUUGUAGAUAUAAUAUGAUUGUUUUAACUAAAAUUAUUUUAUUUUACAUAGCAAUAUAUUAUCGUUGUUCCUGCUUCAACGAAUUUUAUUUUUUACAAGAUAUUUUUUAUUAUAUAUUUACAAAUACAAAAUUUUAAAUUAAUUCUAUUAUUGAAAAUAUUUAUCAUGAGAAAACAAAAAUAUUAAAUCGAUCAAUGUUCCAUACAAUGGAAUUAUUAAUAUAACUUUGUUAAUAUAAUAAGUGAUAUUGAAUAUUUUGUUACUUUUGUACUGUAAUUAUAAAUUGUUUUGACAGUGAUAUUUUAUAAUGAAAGUGAUCUUGAUUGUAAAAUUGUUACCUAUAUUCUUUGUUUCUUUAUAGGUCUGUUGAAAUGUUUUGGGUAAUUUUUAAAUGCGGGUAAACUCGAUUAUAAUUCCUUCAUCUUUUUAACUGCAAAUUAAUAGACUUGACAUUUAAAAAAUAAAUUUAUAAAUUUUCCCAGAUUCAAAAUUACCCGAAUAAAAGUAAUAUAAAUGAUAAUUAUAGUCUUAGUAAAUAGAUGUUAUAUAGUGUAGGUAUAGUCAAUUAGAAUGUGCAAUUUUAGUAUAUAGACAAGUUCCGACGUUUAAUGCCAAAACAUUUUGGUUUCAUAUCAUACAUACAAAGUAGUGAAUUGUUCCGAUGAAUAAAUAAUAAUUAGAUAAUUUCAA